AUGAUUAUUAAAGAGUCCCACCGGUGGCGUCCUGUCAGUCCCUUGGGUGUUCCCCAUGCCGUCGCAGAAGGUCUGUCUACUACAUCCGAUCUUUCCCUCCUCCAGCGAAAAAAAGAAAACCAAAACGAGAGGAAAAUGGCUAACGAUCCCCAAGAUGACCACAUCGAUGGAAAACUUAUUCCGCAAGGAUCAAGCAUCGUUCUCAAUGUCUGGGGGAUGCAUCACGACAGUGAGCGAUGGCAAGAACCCGAACAUUGCCAGCCCGAACGUUUCGCCGAUUUCCCAGCCUUAGCUUCGGCCUAUGCCGCCUCCGAACGCCGAGACCACCUUGGGUACGGAGCGGGCCGGCGUGUGUGCCCAGGAAUUCACUUGGCUGAACGCAAUCUGAUUAUCGGCGUCGCCAAGCUGCUCUGGGCCUUUGAGUUCGUUGAGCCACCUGGCAGCGACAAUGACAUUUCAGCUCAAUCUGGCGCUAGCAAAGGGUUUCUUCAUUGUCCCAAGGACUAUGGCUGCGCCAUUCGUCUCCGUUCUCCGGAAAAGCGGGAGACCAUUAUGCGGGAAUUUGCCGAGGCACAAGAGGUAUUCGCUCAAUUUGAUUAG